AUGGCAGAGUUUCCUCCACCAAGUCUGCAGCCGCUGGCCCAGGAAGUUGUCGAGCUUCUCAAGGCCCGCAAGGAGACCGUCUCCGUGGCCGAGACCGCUGCCGGAGGCCUUGUCUCAGCAUGUCUGCUCUCUGUUCCAGGAGCUUCGGCAAUAUACAAGGGCGGAUUGACAGUGUACACUUUGGAGUCCCGGCUAGCCUUCGCCGGCUGGACAGAAGCGAACAUCGAGAACUACAGCGGUCCUACACCUGACAUUGUCGGUGGGCUGGCCGAUCAUACUCGCCGCACCUUGAAAUCCACGUAUGCGAUCAGUGAGAGUGGUACCGCUGGGCCGACCGGCGGGACGACCAGGAACCGGACACCCGGCUAUGUGGCUUUGGCCGUAUCGACAGCGGACGUAACCCACACCCGCGAGGUUGAGACCGGGAGCAGGAACCGGGCCGAGAAUAUGGUGGCCUUUGCAGCAGAGUCGUUGAGGUUGUUGAAGGAGGUCCUGUCCAAGUCUGGGGCUUCUGCUCUUUAG